AUGUUUGACAAGCUUCGAACCGCGUUUUCAAAUGUCGCAAAGAACCUGGGCGAGAAGGAGCUAAACGAAGAUGACAUCGACGGCGUGCUGUUUGAUCUGGAGGUCUCCCUGCUGGAAUCCGACGUGGCAUCUGAGGUCAUCAACUCCAUCAAGGACGACCUCAAGGGUAGGCUGGUGAGUUCCAGGGUCGACAAAUCCGAGGUGUCUGCAUUUGUCAGGAGCGGACUGAUCCGACUCAUAUCCGGGAUGUUUGAUGAUGCGGGCACGGUGGACGUGCUGGAAGAGAUCCGGGCAAAGAAGGAGUCGCCGGAUCCCUACAUCAUACUGUUUGUGGGAAUCAACGGGACGGGAAAGACCACCACGGUGGCCAAGGUUGCGCACCUGCUGAAGAACUCCAAGCUCUCUGUUGCCGUGGCGGCCUCGGACACCUUCAGGGCCGGCGCCAUCGAGCAGAUAAAGGAGCACAUGAACCGGCUGCACCUCAAGAUUAUCGCGCAGAACUACGGGGCGGAUCCCGCGGCGGUGGCCCGGGACGCCGUGCUGUAUGCGAGAUCCCACAAGAUCGACUGCAUUCUGAUCGACACCGCGGGAAGGAUGCAGACCAGCAAGAACCUGAUGGAGCAGAUUGUAAAGAUAACCAACGUGGUGAGGCCAGACCUGACGGUAUUCGUCGGCGACUCACUGGCAGGCAACGACACGGUAAACCAGGCCCGGGAGUUUCACAACCAUGUAAAGUUUAACGCGUCCAUUCUGACAAAGAGCGACGCGGACGCCCGCGGGGGAGCUGCGCUCUCCAUCGUCAAGGUUACCUCGACGCCGGUGAUCUUUGUGGGCGUGGGCCAGGAGUACGGCGACCUUGCGCCCUUUGACAAGGACGUCUUUCUAAAGACGGUGUUUGGCUCACUGGACGGGGUGGAUCUGGGGGCCGCGCUGCCUGAGAGGGCGCCUGCCGGUGCGGGAGAUGCCAUGGGACCGGCCCCAGGUGAGGAGGCCAGACAGGAGCCUGCCGCAGAGCCGGAUGCCGGGAAUGUGCCAGAGCCCGAGGCAGGAUCUCCAGAAGAGCCGAUCGCCGCAGAGACGCCGGUUACCAAAGUGGAGCCAGAGCCCAUGGCAGAGCCCCCAGAGGAGCCGACUGCUCCAGAGGCGCCUGACACUCCAGAAGAGCCGGACACCGAAGCAGGACCAGAGCCAGAACCCAUGGCGGAACCCCCAGAGGAGCCGACUGCAGAGAAACCGGAUACCAAAGACGGGCUUGUGGGCGAGAUCGGCGGCAUACUGAAGGCAGCCGAGGCGGAGACCCGGGAGCAGACUGUUGCAGAAUCCCCGCAGGUGCGAGAAGAGGCAGAGCCCAAAAAACAGAAAGCCGCAGAAUCAGAGGGCGAUCCCUUUGAGGGAAUCAGCACCGCAGACAUUGUCCUGUACUCUGAUCUUUACGAUGUCGCCCCACCAGAGGAUGACCGCCGGGCCGCCCUGCUUGCAGACAAGGUCAGAAGGUGGAUAUCAGACAACAGGCCCGCUCCAGACGAGGCGCCAAAACCACAAAAUGUCGAUCUGAAGGAAUCCUCAACGGAAGAGCCACAAAAGGACGAUCUGAAGGAGCCAGAAAAGGCAAAAAAGAAAAAGGGACUCUUUGGAAGGUUUAGAUGA